ACUUAAUUACUCAGGCCUGUCUCACAUGGUGGGCAGGAAUAUCUGAAAGCAAUAAAAGCUACAGGUGGUACAGGUCAGCAACACUUGCAUCAGACACCGACACCCACAGGUAGACGCUGCGCUGUCGCUGCUGGAGGUUGCUACGUGUAACAAUCAUCUUUGGUCCUCGACUACGAUGGCACUCAGACUGUUCAUCUGCCUCGUGAUCCUCAGCCUUGUGAAUGAGGGACACAGUGGCUGUUUUGAGCCCCCUGAUCCAGGCCCCUGUAACGCACGCUUUAUUAGAUAUUAUUUCAACCCCUCUUCAAAAAUGUGCAAGAAAUUCACCUACGGGGGCUGCGAAGGCAACGGCAACAACUACGUCACCUUGGAUGACUGUACCCGGGCCUGUGUUUGCUCCUUGCCCAGUGAGCCUGGUCCUUGUAAAGUGAACAACCCCAGGUACUUCUUCAACAAAAUGUCCAAGUCCUGUGAGGAGUUUAUCUACGGCGGAUGUCGCGGCAACCAUAAUAAUUUUAAGACUUUGGAAGACUGCCAGCAAACCUGCCUUCCAUACUGCAACCUGCCAGCGGACAGAGGCCCUUGUAAAGCCUCUCUUAUCAGAUAUUUCCACAAUGCUACAACUGGAGCUUGCAAGUCGUUUACUUAUGGCGGAUGUGGAGGCAACGCCAACAACUUCGAGUCUUUGGCAAAGUGUCAGAAACACUGUCCCCGUGGCCAUGUCGGGGGCAGUUUUACAGGUAUUUCUUUCAACCAAAUAUCACAGUCAUGUGAGCUUUUCAUCUAUGGGGGCUGCGGGGGCAACGACAACAACUUCUUGAGUCUGGAGGAAUGUCAGAACGCUUGUCCUCCUGAAGCCAAGAGAGAGGUCGCCAUCAAUCCAGAUUGCAACCUGCCCAGAGUAACUGGCUUUUGUGAGGCCUACAUGCCAAGGUAUUUCUACAACCCGGCAACCGGAGCCUGCGAGCGGUUUAUUUAUGGAGGGUGCAUGGGCAAUGCCAACAACUUCCACACUAUAACAGACUGUGAACAUGCUUGCAUCCCUCAGGCCAAGAGACAAGCCAGCCUCCCGACAGCCUGCAGUCUGCCCAGUGAGACAGGUCCCUGUAAAGCCUACUUCCCCAGGUUUUUCUUCAACACCAACACCGGGUCGUGCGAGCAGUUCAUCUACGGUGGUUGUGAUGGCAACGCCAACAACUACCUGACAGUAGAGGAUUGUCAAGCAACUUGUUUGGUGGCUAGAUAGUCUGUACUUGUACACCAUGAGUCUGCUGACUGAUUGCCGGUCAAACCUUCAUUUACUCGCGACUAGAAGAUGCUCAUGUUGCAGUUGUAAACAACGACUACCAGUUAAAAUACUGAGUAGGAGCAACUCACUUUGUGACUGACUAAUGUAUGUGAAAUGUUUGUCUGUAAGACAAUACAGCCAUCAUGGUGAACAAUGUGCAAAAGCGUGAAUGUACAACUUCUAAGAGACAAUCCAGUUAUGAGUUCAUAAUUGUUUGUAAUUUUUUGUUUGUAAUUAUUUUCGAAAUAAAUUCUACGACAAAGGAAA